AUGGAACAACCACAAUACAAAUUAACUGAUGAAGAAUUAAGCAAAUGUAUGGAUGCCGCCUACGAUUCAUUACAGUACUCCUAUUCCCCAUAUUCCAAAUUUAGAGUUGGUGCUGCUCUUUUAGGUACAAAUGAUAAAAUUUAUACUGGUGUCAAUGUUGAAAACUCAUCAUAUGGUUUAACUAUCUGUGCUGAAAGAACCGCUUACACUAAGGCUGUCUCCGAAGGUUGCACUACCUUUAAAGGUAUUAUUGUUGUCAGUGAUGCCACUGAAAGAUUUACAACUCCAUGCGGGGCUUGCAGACAAUUUGGUGUUGAAUUUGGUAACUUUGAAGUUGUUUGUUGUAAACCAGAUAGAACUAGUUUCAGAUCAAGUACUUUUGGUUUCCUUCCAGGUUGUUUCACUCAAGUUGAUUUAGAUCUCCAUGCCAACCAAAACAAAAAAUAA